AAUAAAUCAGCGUUUUGGGGACCAGCGAUACCAAACACGCCCUCAUUAGUCCUUCUCUUGCAUUCUUCGGAAACACGUUUAUCGAUCAACGACCCCUUCUGCUUCUUCACUUUCCUUGUUUGCGCUCUCUCUCUCUCUCUCUCUCUCUCUCUCUCUCUCUCUCUCUCUCUCUCUCUCCCUCUCCCUCUCCCUCUCCCUCUCCCUCUCCCUCUCCCUUGCUCUCUCUCUCGGCUAGACCAAAACGUACGGCAUGGACGCAAUAGCGAGCUCGCGGAUACUCCCUCAGCUAAAAGGCUCUGAUCGAUCUAAUCUCUCGCUCUCGAAUCGUAAAUUUAUGUCUAGCUCUCGGUCUACACUUGUAAUGCCAACUUGUAAGCAAUCAUACGAGGGAGAAUGCACUUCUAAGGUGUCUACACAAAAAGUUUCUGUUCUUUCAGUAUCGGGUUCAACCGAACAAAGGAACAGCAUGCUUGGGGGACUGGAACUAAAAGGUUCUGUUUCAGCUAAACCUUUAGUCGGGAAAGUGUUUUCCUCAGCGGGAUCUUGCACUUACCCUGGGAGCUCUAUUGAAUCUCAUGCACAUGUUGCAGAGGAGAAAAUUGGAGUUCUGCUGUUAAAUUUAGGUGGACCAGACACACUUCAGGAUGUUCAGCCGUUUUUAUUCAAUUUGUUUGCAGAUCCAGAUAUCAUCCGCCUUCCCAGGUUGUUCCGAUUUCUUCAGCGGCCACUGGCACAACUCAUAUCUGUGGUUAGGGCUCCUAAAUCUCAGGAAGGGUAUGCUGCCAUUGGAGGUGGUUCGCCUUUGAGGAAGAUAACAGAUGAGCAGGCCAAUGCUCUCAAAAUGGAACUAGAAGCAAAAGAAGUCCCUGUAAAUGUAUAUGUAGCCAUGCGUUACUGGCAUCCUUUUACCGAGGAAGCUGUUCAGCAGAUUAAAAGGGAUGGUAUAUCAAAGCUCGUCGUGCUACCGCUAUAUCCACAAUAUUCUAUAUCUACUACUGGAUCAAGUGUUCGUGUCCUGGAACAGAUGUUCAGGGAAGACGCAACCUUGUCAAGAAUGCCUGUUUCCAUUAUACAAUCCUGGUAUCAACGUGAAGGUUAUGUCAAGUCCAUGGCUGACUUGAUUGGGAAAGAGUUGAAAAGUUUCUCUAACCCUGAAGAGGUCAUGAUAUUCUUCAGUGCACAUGGUGUACCAGUCACUUAUGUUGAGGAUGCUGGUGAUCCUUACAGAGACCAGAUGGAGGAAUGCAUAUAUUUAAUAAUGCAAGAACUUAAAUCAAGAGGAAUUAACAAUAACCAUAAGCUGGCAUAUCAGAGCCGUGUCGGUCCUGUUCAAUGGUUGAAGCCCUAUACUGAUGAAGUUCUUGUUGAGCUUGGUCAAAACGGUGUGAAAAGUCUCCUGGCUGUUCCAGUAAGCUUUGUGAGCGAACACAUAGAGACUCUUGAAGAGAUUGAUAUGGAGUAUAGGGAGUUGGCCCUUGAAUCUGGUAUUGAAAAUUGGGGUCGUGUUCCUGCUCUUGGGUGCACUUCAUCCUUCAUUACUGAUCUGGCAGAUGCCGUUAUUGAAGCCUUACCUUCUGCAACAGCAAUGUCCGCAGCAAGUACAUCUGAUGAUAGUGAACUCGACCCUCUAGGAUAUGCCAUUAAAAUGUUUUUCGGUUCAAUUCUAGGAUUCUUCUUGCUACUAUCACCUAAAAUUAAAUCAGCCUUCAGGAAUCAUACAUGAUUCCAGAGUGAGAUGUCUGGAAUUAGUCUAUAACUCUAUUAAAAAGUCUAGAUGACUGGUGUUUUGGGGGGUUAAGAGUGAAAAUGUGGUAGAAUAGCUUUGCAGGAAAUGCUACUAGCACACUUUCUAUAGAAUAUACAAGUUUUUUAAUCACUAUGUUAUAAAGAUUAGCUUAUCUUUAGAAGUGCUUCUCUUUACUGGUAAGUGCAAUUGAAUGUGCUUUCUGAUGCCGCAGUUGCAUCAUACAUCAUCUGUAAAGAGAAAUGAGAUGGUAUUGAAUUGCUAAUUUGAUCUGUAGAGUUUGAUGAGAUCUUUUUUCAAUCUCUGUUCAGACAUGAUUUGUGAUCAAUAUAAUUUUUAAAAAGUA